UAUUUAAGUUGAACAAUAUAAUUAAAAGUUAAAUGAUGUGAAAUUAAAUUAUUGUUAACAUAAAAUCAACCAAAUGGGAAUUAACUUAUUUUCAGAAAUUUUCUCGUUACCCUAGUUACUCCAGCUUGCAAAUGUAGUCACAUGACUAAGCACAUGUUGUUUUGUUUUGGUUAUGAGAAAUUCACUUUUUGUCGUGUUGUUUAAAUUUAAUUGUUUUGUGUUUUAAUUUCUAUUAUUAUCAAAUUUCACUAUGGCUGAUCAAAUCAAGUUUGAUUCUCAACAAAUAUUUGGAUUGUUCAAUAAAAGUGUUUCGGAUUUGACAUCUUUCCUUAGGCCGAAUAAGAAAAUCGAAAAUGAUUUACGUGAUCUUACGUUAAAGCUAUUCGAAUUGUUCAAACUUAACUCUGGUGUUCCUGGUAUUAAAGAUUUAGUCACCGAAGGAUUUGAUGAGGAACAAAUUUGGGCUCAGUUAGAGAAACACAAUCAUACUUUCAUGAAGAUUAUUGAUAAAGAUGUCAGUAAUUUAUCAAGUUUAGCUAAAAAGUUGACCAAAACUGUCAAAAUUGAUAUUCCGCAAGAUGAUGACUUCGAUAUUUUAGAACCAGCAAGCUCCGGAGAAGAUGAAGAGGAAGAACUUAAAAAAUUAUUAGGACCAAGGGAAAAGUUUGUUGGAAAAAUGUUAUCGACUUUUGAACAAGAACAGCUGCAGAUGGAUGAAAAAAUAACGAAAUUAGAGGAAGAAAAUCUAAAGUCAAAGCCAUGGAAAUUAAUUGGUGAAGUUACUGCUGACAAGAGGCCUGCAAACAGUUUAUUGGAAGAUCAUCUUCAAUACGACUUUAUAGCUCGUCCAGCUCCGAUAAUUGACGAACAGGUUGCUCUUAAAUUGGAAGAUUUAAUCAAGCAAAGGAUUAAAGAUGGUAUAUGGGAUGAUGUGGAACGUAAAAUUAAACCCGCAGAACAGCCGUUUGAAUAUAAAAGACGAUUGAUUCUUGAUCAGGAGAAAAGUAAAGUUGGCCUUGCAGAAGUUUACGAGAAAGAUUAUCUUCAAAGGACACAACAAGAUAAGGUCGAAGAAGAAAAUGAAACGCACAAAGAAAUUCGUAAAAUGAUGAGCGCGAUCUUCCUACAAUUGGAUUCACUAUCCAGUUUCCACUUCACACCUAAACCUCCUGAACCAGAAGUGAAAAUUGUAAAUAACUUACCUGCAGUUUCAGCAGAAGACACUAUUCCAGUAGCCGUUAGUGAAGCGAAUCUCCUGGCACCCGAAGAGGUUCUUGAAAAGCCUAAAAGACCGGUCAAAGGUGCUACCGAAAGAGACACGACUGAUCGUAAACAUGACAGAAGAUUGAAAAAGAAGAAACAAAAAAUAAUUGCUGCUAGGAAAAAUGCCAAGAAAAUCUCUAAUGUUGAAAAGUUAAGUCAAUCAGCUAAGCAAAAAGCUAAGCAAGCUGAAAAAUUAGAAAGGACUCAAAAGCAAAGACAAAUGAAACCUUCACAGUUGAAAACUUGAAUACAGUAAACUAUUUAAAUUAAAAUAGCGUUUAUACUAUUAA